AUGUUGUGUGGGACAUUUCGAAUCUUAAAAUCGUUUCCAUCGUCAUUACUCUCUGCACGACAACGAACACAUUCACUUGGUCGACGUUUACGACGGAAAGCGAAAAUUCCUGCAAAUAUUCCUGCAAAUGCACUUUCAGUUUCGAAAAUUAAUGAAUUGAUCCGGAAACGAUUGGAAACUUCCUUGUAUGAGAAUCAGGCAUCAACUUCGGAAAUGGAUUUGGCUUCAUUAUCAGCUGACAGAUAUUUAGAAAUAAACGCCAGUAAAUAUACUUCGCUUAUUGCAUCUCGGCAAGCUAUGAAAAAGACUGAUAAUUCUGAAAAGAAAGAUUUAACUGCUGAGCAUGGUUAUGUACAUGAUGUGAACUUCCUGUUAGCUGGUUCUUUUCUGUUGAAAGCUGAUUCGACUGUUUCAAAAAAUUUUGCGGAAAAUCCAUCAGCGUUUUCGAAGAUUCCUGAUUCUGAUCGUGGGUUUUACAUUUACGGAGAUAGCUUUGUGGAUGAAUUUGUUGUUGGUUCAGCGACAGAUAUACCUGGUGGUGAAUUGGAAAACAUUGAUCAUGAAGUUCUAGUUCGUUAUGGUGCCGAAGAUGCUGUUGAAGAAAUUGAUUUUCAACUUCCAGGACAAAGCAGCAAUCCAAAGGAUAAUAUACUGGAAGACGAGAAUGAUGAAUUUUUGGAAAAUUACGGUACAGUUGAUCCAACAAUACCCUCAUCAAAUAAACCUUGUAGCGCUUGUGGUGCGAAGUUCCACUGUCGAGAUGCUUCUUUGCCAGGUUUUGUGCCUGCAGAAAUCUUUUUAAAAUUGGAAGACUACAAUGAUCAAUUGUGUCGCAGAUGUUACAUGCUCAAAAGGCAUAAUUUUUUGCUGAAUGUUAAUGUUUGUGAAGUGGAUUAUCAUUCAAUGAUGAAACAUUUAAAACUGAAGCAAGAAGCUUUAAUAAUACUUGUUGUUGAUAUGUGUGAUUUGCCAGGUUCCAUUUAUUCUGAACUACCAAAAAUAAUUGGUUAUCAGAAACCUAUGAUUGUUGUUGGAAAUAAGGUUGACUUAUUACCACCUGAUGCACACCGUGGUUUUUUGCGUCACUUUCGACAAGUUCUGCAUGGUUUAUUAAAGGAGACAGGAUUUGUUGAUAAUUUCAACAUUCUACACAUGUCACUUAUUAGCGCGAAAACAGGAUACGGUGUGGAAGAUCUCAUUACUAAUAUAUUCUUAAGAUUUUCAACUCGAGACACUUUGCGGAAUGAUAUGUAUUUAGUUGGAUGUACUAAUGCAGGAAAAUCGACGCUUUUCAACGCAUUAUUGCAAUCUGAUUUAUGCAAAGUACGUGCUGUAGAUCUCGUAGAACGUGCAGCUACAACUCCCUGGCCCGGUACCACUAUUUCACUAUUAAAAUUUCCGGUAAUGAAUCCUUCACCACAUAAACUAGAAAUCAGACGACGACGAUUGUUAAUGAAUCAAGCUUGGCAGAAGAAGGAGAAUCGUGCGCGAUAUAAUCUUUAUAAGCAGUCAGGUGAUAUAAAAUAUGCAAUGUUGCAGUCUGCCAUUGGAAAUUCAUUCAAGGAUCGUGAAGAAGAGUUACAACCACCAGCUUUUCAUACCAUACUUACCGAUUCUGAACCAACGGACAAACCAAAACGACCCUUUGAUCCGAAUUCAUUUGUUUUUGCAAAAGGAAAGUGGUGCUUUGAUACUCCUGGAACCGUUAAUUCAAAUCAAAUUCUGAAUUUGUUCACUUUGGACGAGCUAAUUACUAUCUUACCCCGAACAUUGAUUUUACCGCGAACAUUUAUUAUGCAUUCAGAGGAAUCCCUUCUCAUUGCUGGCGUUGCGCAGAUUGAUGUGAUCAGUUUGCCAGUGAAAUCUACUUCGGAAAAAGAUUAUCCAGAAAGACGACCUUCUAUUCUGAUGACAGUGUUUGCCAGUGAGCAGUUGCCAGUUUUCAUACGAAAAACAUCAGAAAGCAGUGCUUUUCGUGAAAAAUAUUUGGGUAGCUCACUUCUUGUUGUUCCUGCUGGUAAUGCCGAAAGAAUAGCGCGAUUUCCGGAUCUUAAGAGCAGUGAAAUGGUUUUGGAAAGUUCUGGAUCGUGGAAAGGUUGCGGUGAUGUGGUACUUUCUUCUUUGGGCUGGGUAUGCGUAACAUCUCGACGUGGAGAAGUUCGUUUACAAGCCUAUACACCAGAAGGACGUGGUUUGUUUUUACGAACACCAGCUCUUCUCCCAUACUGUGCACAGCUUCGUGGUUCACGUAUAGGUGGUACGGCUGCAUAUAAAGUAAAACGACCUGUACUGCCUGAUCCAGAUGCGUCACGGAAACAAAGAAAACGAAAAACUUCUAGUAAAAGACGUGCUAAGUCCUGA